GUAACGGAAGUGACGUAGCCGCGCGCCGGCGGCGUGAUGGAGCAGCAGCAGCAGCAGCAACAGCUGAGAAACUUACGGGACUUCCUGUUGGUCUACAAUCGCAUGACGGAACUCUGCUUCCAGCGCUGCGUGCCCAGCCUGCACCACCGAGCUCUGGAUGCUGAGGAGGAGGCAUGUCUGCACAGCUGUGCUGGGAAGCUGAUCCAUUCCAACCACCGCCUCAUGGCCGCUUACGUGCAACUCAUGCCUGCUCUGGUACAGCGCCGCAUCGCAGACUACGAGGCUGCCUCAGCUGUGCCAGGUGUUGCUGCUGAACAGCCCGGAACCUCGCCAUCAGGCAGCUAGCCAUCCCCAACCCCAGGAAGGGAGGCGCUUGAUGGACCCUCAAAUUGAAGGAGCCAGUAGACCUUGGGCUGGGUGCGGCCUGUAUAGAGAGAGAGUUGCUUGAGAGCUGGGUGCCAUUGCUCCUUUUCCUGGAGCCAAUAAACCCGCUUUUACUCUGUUUCAUUUAUAUUCUGGGCAGGGAAGCUUUGCCCACUUUAUUGGGACCAUGCUUUGUUUUGUCAGUUAGUGCAUAUCUGCUGGCUUCAGCCCUGGCAGGUGGGAAAUUGCCUUCUAUGUCUGGAAGGAAAACCUCAGCAUUCCCAGGCAGCUGGUUAAAGCAAGGUCUGUGGGUAUAGUUUUAAGGUUAAUAAUAGCAACAGGAAGUUGGUUUCUGCCCAGAAGACAGAGAAAAUGGGAGCUCUCUCUAGUUGUCCUUAACUUAAACCUCUCUGACUUAAACGGCCCACUUUUGAGCCAGAUAUGCGUUCCUUCAUAACUGUUUUUUCAUGGACUGUGUCUUACAAGAAGGAAUUUUGCCAGAUUUAGGGAAAGGAGGCAGUAUCUAAGGACAACAGAUCAAGAAACCACAGGGCUUUUAGGCACUACCUUCUGGGAAGUCAGUAGCCCCAGGACAGAGAUGAAACCUGUAAGAAUUUUGGGGUUUUCCGGAACUUCCACCAUUUCUUCAAGUUGUUACUUUGUUACUAUUUUGUGUCUUCCCUGGAUGAGCAGUAAAACCUUUAAACAAAGAA